AGGAGGACAAUAGCAGUCAAUUAUACGAGAACUUAGCUCCUGAUCGUGGUGGAAAAAGAAGCACGCUGGCAGAACUUGCGGGUAGGAGUCGACCGGGUCGGCAGUCGGGGUCUGUGGCCAGCACGGAAGCGAAGGCAAAUCAAAGGCAGGCAAAGAACGGCAGUCCUGUCUAUGAGAACAUUCCAUCUGGCGCUGACAGUGCUCUUCCCUCCAGGGAACCAUCUUCUGGAGUGAGCAGACCAAACUCGACUGCUGGAACGCCUGCGCCCAAGUUGCCAUCAUCCCAGGGCAUGCACAGCAUUCCGGCAGACCAUGGAGGGGCCGGCGGAGCGCAGACUGUGACGGAGGACUCAAAGAGUCGCGAGGUUUCAUCCCCAACCAGCAGAGGAGGCGAGCAUAUCAAGCAGCCUGGUGUCUACACCGCGCAAACGUCCCCUGGAUCUUUGGCGGGGUCGGAGGGCCUUAGCCAAAUCUCUCAGUUGGAAUAUCGUCUACUGACAUUCAAUCAGGUGAGUUUAAGGAGAACGGGAGGGGAAAGGAUGUGUAUGUCCUUUUUGCUUUACAGAAACACUGUGGAAAAUGA